AUGACCGAGUAUUCUCCUGUACCCACAAGUCCCUAUCAGUUCAUCAACCUUGAGACCGAGACGUCGUUCAGAGUAUUGGAACUUCUUCCGGGCCAGGAAGAUGCGCCCAUAUCGUGCCUGCUCCACCUCGAAGAUUGGACCAGACCUCCUGCAUAUGAAGCAGUGUCCUAUGCCUGGGGCGAUCACAGUCUGAAAGCAACCAUCAAAUGUCACGGGAAACGGCUUGAGGUGGGCCGGAACCUACACAGCGGACUGAUUCACCUGCGAAGGUCGGAUCGAUCAAGGUUCUUGUGGAUUGACUGUCUUUGUAUGCAUCAGACCAACGUCCGCGAGCGCAAUCAACAAGUCAAGCAGAUGCGACAGAUCUACGCAAAGGCUGAAGCCGUGCUAACAUGGCUGGGGCCGGACACACCGGAUGGCUUGGCGAAAGCAGCCACAGACUCGAUCCGGGCAAUAUCAAACUUCCUCUGCAAGCGCCUUGGGCUCGAGAUCGCCAACCUAAGCACGCUGAGCAAUGUGUACCACGAUAUUCUGUACAAGAACCGCCAUGCUCUGCCGCCGCCCAACGAAUGCGACUUCAGUUGCGACGCCACAUGGCGGGCUCUGAUCUGGUUCUAUUCCCACUCGUACUUCACGCGGCUAUGGAUCAUACAAGAGAUAAACGCCAGCACAAACCGCAUCGUCCAAUGCGGUAGAGAAAGAAUUGAAUGGGAUCACGUAGACCUGGUGGCCGGGUACAUCAUCAUGGACACAGCGUUCUCGAACACGUUUGGCUUCUCCAAGACGCACUGCUGGUGGACCGCAACAGUGACGACAGAGCGUAUGCGCGAGCCCAAGAACUGGCUCUUCAUGCUGUACCUGGCGUCCAAUUUCGCGUGCCAGGACGCGCGGGACAUGAUCUACGGCCUCCACGGGCUGAUGAAUCUUCCUAGACCGAGCGAGCAAGCCACCCUGCUGGACCCCGACUAUGACAAGUCCACCGUCGAGGUCUUCCGGGACUCGGUGGAGGCGGCGUUUCUACACUUUCGGAACACCGACGUCCUCUUGUAUCUCGUGGGCGACGAGUCUCCGUCGUGGAUCCCCCGCUGGGACAGGCCUAUGCUGUUUCGCAACCCUUUCCGCUUCGGCAAGCCUUUGCCCUGGAAACCCGCGGCGGACACCACACCUCGGUGGCGCAUCGACAAGCAGCUCAACGUCCUGUACAUCUCGGGGAUUUUCGUCGACACGGUUCAAUUAGUCUGCCCUUACAACGAACGGUACUUCAGUACAGCGACCCUACAAACGGCCGAAGGCAAGGAGAAGCUGCAAACAACGUGGCCGAGGAUCCUCGACCUCCUAGCCGGGGGUCAGCGACCGCCAUCCCCCUCACCGGUAAGCACAGCACUCCUCACAGCCGUGGCCAUGGCUUUCUCAUUCGGCCUCGACGCCGAAGCCAACCCGGCGGAUCCGCACCAUCUUCUGCACAACUUCGUCGCAUACCUGUGCCUCGUGCUCCCCGUGGAACUCUUCGCGCUUUACAUCGCAACAGACCUCGCGGCGCUCGCGGACGCCAAAGGCAACGGCUCCGCUUUCGGAAAACCCGUCUGGGACUUCGCAUACCCCGACGCCGGCUUCUUCGUCACCUCCACAGGCCUGGUAGGGUGCUCUGUGUGCGUGCCGCAGCCGGGGGAUGCAGUGAUUGCCCCUUUGGGAAGUACUUAUCCUUUGGUAGCCCGACCCCAGUCGGAAAGGGAGAACGGACCCUAUCUGUUAAAGGGCUACGCUUAUGUGCAUGGGGUCAUGCAUCGUGAGAGCACAGAGGACGGUGACGUGAGAGUGUUUGAGAUCCACUAG